CAUGAACAGAGAGUCCAGACUCGCUGCCAAUACAUAAAUGCGGCGAUGACCCUGCUUCAAAUCUACGGACUAUGGAACGUCGGAGACAUUCCCUACACGGCUCGGACUCUUCGACACCCACCGACUUCUAUCCUCUCCACCCUCCAUUCGUGCUCCCUGGACAGGAAGAUUUCGAAGUUGAUAUCCGGGACGCGGAUGACCAGCACGACACGCCCUUGGUCACCUCCUCGGGAGCCACUGUGAACCAAGUGAGCUCGGGCUAUCGCAACUCUCCAGUUCUCGCGCCACCUGCAAUAUAUCCCCAAUGGACGCCGGAAAUCCCCAGGCACUCUCGAAGUGGUAGUGCGGGAGCUUCUGCCGCCACCUUCGAGAGACAUACCCCUUCCGACAUGUCUGAUCGAGAGCUGAGACCGCAGCGGCCGAGUGGUCCAGCCAGAACGCCAUCUAAUACAUAUGCUCCCCCACGCAGACCUCCCCAGUUCUCUACUCAUUCGAGUAGCCAGCUUUCAUACUCGGCAAAACGACCUUCCCGGCGUGACCCCAAUGCCCAGUACCGCGCCCAAGAAAAGGCGUAUGUCCAAAGAGUAAGACAAGGACCGCCAAACGAAUGGCUCAAUUUUGGUUCUCAGAUUCCGGGCGUGCCUGAUAUUGACCUGGAUCUCGAAGACGAGUCGCCAUCGUCCGAGCCUUUCGACAGCGACCCUUACGACGUCGAGGCGCACUUGGUACUGGAGGAUGAGAACAUACAACCCACUUUGGAAGAACUGCAGAACCCAAAAAUCCGGGAAAAAUUGGAAUGGCACUCUAUGUUGGCAUCCGUCUUAAAGGGAGACGUCGUUAAGCAGGAGAAGCGGCGACUAUUUGGGACUGGCGAGCCUAAAAGCCUAACUGAUAUUAACGAUGAAAUCUGGCUUGGAAUUCGGGCAAGGUCCUGCGGCCGGCUAGAAGCACUGCAGAAAAAGAUCAUCGAACACGAGAGGGCUCAAGUAGGCCCUAUCCUAGAAGAAAUUAUUUCGUUCAAGAUCAAAGGCGAAACGGAAAUCGGUAAACCUCCCGUGAAACAGGUGGAAGGUAUUGUUGCAAAGAUCGAGAAAGUCGAAAGCCUGUACUCAGUCAUGCGUGAGCUCAAGGCUCACCAUAAGCGUGCUGACUCUGAGGAGUUUACCGCGAGCUGCGAUGCCAUCAUCUCAUGGCAUAAUACGACGCAGCUUAUUAACACUCAGUUUGCUAUCCUUCAACGAUGGGUCGGCAAUGAGGAAUUAAAUUUUAAUUUACCUAUCACCAAGCCUUCCCAUGCUGCUGAUCUCGCAGAUGAAGGGUCUUUCCUUGAUCGUAUCAUGAAGGAGGAUGGCUUAAAAUCUUUGCAGGGAGACGGCAAUGUGGUGGAUGGAAACGGCCAGACCAGAAAAAACAGUAUGUUAGAUGGGAUUGGCGAAGUUAUCAAGAAAGCAAAGGCCACCCUGAUUGAGAACUCCGAAGCAUUUGUGGAGCGACACCUGCCUCCAUACAUCGAAGAAUUGCUCAUCUUGAUUAGUUUUCCUUCUCGCCUCAUCGUGGAAGUCAUUCGUGUUCGACUUUCCUAUGCCAAGAAAAUGAAGGACCCUGGACAGCAGUCUCCUAUGUUGCUUGACCAGAUGAUUGCACAAUUUCAGAUUUUAAUGAAAAUUGCUGUUGAAAUUAAGCAGCGAUACCUUGUUAUCUCUGAACCGGAGCCUGGAUGGGAGCUUCCUCCAUGUUUCGAGGAGAGUUUUGAUACUGUUGUUGUUGACGCGUUGAAAUACUACUUUAAACUCUUGAAUUGGAAGCUGAGCGCGAACAAGAAUACUUUCAAAGAAGCGGAAAUUUUGGAGCAGGAAUGGGACUUUUCCAACGAGAUUGGCCGCCAGUUUGAGGGAGGGGAUAUCGAAGUUGCUGAACAAUUUAGCACCCUAACUGCGAAGGCUCUUCAGCGAUUGAUGCUUCAUUUUGAGCGGGAACUUCUCGGUAAACCGGAAGGGGAUGCCGUUGAAUCAGAAAAGCGCUAUAAGCAAAUUCUGGACUCCGUCCGAGUACGCCAACGAAAACUAUUCCGAUUUUCCCGAUUCCUUCGUGAACGGUUUGAGAAUGCAACCGAGUUCCACCUAAAGGAUGAUAUCGUAGAGACUUUUUCGGAGGCUCUACUGGCAUCAGGCCAUUUCCUUGUUACGUCGCUCGAUUCUGUCGGGCAGAAGGGUGUGUCUCUGAUUGCAUCACCUUCUUUAUAUGGGCGUCCCAAAGAUAUUCAAUCAAUCCUUGGAACUUCAUUCCGUGCUGAAGAUGUCCCGGAGGAUCCGUCAAACCCAUAUAUCCUUGUCAUUCGUCCUGAGAAACCUUUCCCUUGGAGCGGGAAGAGGAUGGAAGUCGACCUUUUGGAGCAUCCAACGGACGUGCGAUUGGGCAAGUUGCGUUUAGUGGCUGAUGGCUCUCAAAAGCGUCUCCAAAGUGCCCGGGCCGAGCUCACUCGACUAACAGGCUUGGAAUUCGACGUCACAGUGGAACAGCGGGCGAAUCUGGGUCGAGUGAAUGUCGAAUUGAACAAAAUUAAGAAAACCGCAUGGAAGCUUUCAAAUACGAUCAUUGAUAGCGUGGAAAUCAUUCGAAAACAAAACCAGGGAGCCGGCAAUCAGGAACUGAUUCAGUCCUGCUUUGCUUUCGCCACUGAGUUCGGCAAAAGAUCUUUGAUGUACUUGGAGCCUACCCGUCGGUCAAUGAAUCACGGUAAACUAGUAAGACUGGGGGUUGAUUGGGUUGCGUUUGUUUGUGACGACUGUGACGCUGCAGAUCGAAGGACCUUCAAAUGGGCUGUUGCAGCUCUCGAGUUUGCCAUGGCCAUAACGCAUGGACAUAGCAUUCUCUCAUUGAGCGAUGAAGACUACCAAUUGUUACGUGCCAAAGUUGCAGGCUGCAUGUCAACGCUGAUAUCACACUUUGAUAUUAUGGGAGCACGGUCGACUCUAGCUGCGAAAGCGGAAAAAUUACAGCUUCUAUCCGGGAAGCUGGACCUCAGCAAGGCCAUGGACGAUGCUGAGGCGGAGCAGGCUGUACACGAACAGCGAUACUUGCGUGUAGCCGAGUUGGAACAGGCAAGGGCGGAAUUGGACAGUAAGAGGCGGCCGCUGGGCAGAGUCCUAGAAGGUGUGAAUGAAGCGGAUCGAUCUCUCACAGUGCUUUCUUCAUCGGCCACGAACGUCACCCUCCGGUGGCAGCAAGGCCAAUUUAUUGGCGGAGGUACCUCCGGUUCAGUCUACGCUGCUAUCGAUCUCGAUACAAGUUAUUUGAUGGCUGUGAAAGAAAUUAAACUUCAAGAGCCGUCUGUUAUUCCUGGUGUCGCCCAACAGAUUCGGGACGAGAUGGCUGUUCUUGAGGUUCUUGACCAUCCUAACAUUGUUUCGUAUCGCGGUAUUGAGGUUCAUCGUGAUAAGGUUUAUAUAUUCAUGGAAUACUGCUCUGGUGGAUCUAUGGCCACGCUCCUUGAACAUGGCCGAAUUGAGGAUGAAACCGUUAUCAUGGUUUAUGCACUUCAAAUGUUGGAGGGUCUUGCUUAUCUGCACCAAGCGGGAAUUGUCCACCGGGACAUCAAACCUGCUAACAUUCUCCUGGACCAUAAUGGGGUCAUUAAAUAUGUUGAUUUCGGGGCGGCCAUGAUAAUUGCCCGCCAAGGCAAGACUCUAGCUGCUAUGGAUCAGUAUGGAGGAAAUCACAAAGAUGCUACGAAAGAGCCCCACGCCCAACGCAAGAAUCAAAAAUCUGUCACGGGCACUCCUAUGUAUAUGUCUCCGGAACUCGUCCGUGGAGAGGUUGGGCAUGCAGGGGGCCGGCAUGGCUCCAUGGACAUAUGGUCUCUCGGCUGCGUCAUUCUAGAGAUGGCCACCGGGUUACGUCCAUGGGCGGGUAUCGACAAUGAAUGGGCGAUCAUGUACAAGAUUGCACAAGGAAAUCAGCCUCAUCUUCCGACCCCAGACCAAUUAAGCGAGCUGGGCAUCGAUUUUAUUAAACGUUGUUUUGAGCUUGAUCCCGCCAAGAGGCCCAGCGCGGUAGAACUGUUGCAGCAUGAAUGGAUUGUUACCAUUCGACGCCAGGUUGUUGCUGAGCCGCCAACCCCAAGCAGCGAGGCUGCAAAUAGCCAGACGUCUAGUUCGACGAGCAGCAGACAAAAUUCAAGCAUGUUUUGA